AUGUUGCCCUUUCUCCUCCCAAAUCACUCCCUCGGCGCAAACGGGACCCUUCGACACGUCUCAAAGGCUCUAAAAAGAGCUUCACGAAUACGGUGUAUCGACCAAAGGGUUGCGAUCCCGUCGAGUUCGCGAAACUUUGCCAGCGAGGCUGAUGAAGACGGCGAGGAUGAAUCUUCUGAGAUUCAGACCCCUGUUGAACGAUCUGGAGAACAUCUACGCUGGUUGAGAAGCCAUGAAGGCCAAUCGUUUCGACGUCCUCGAGAAGAUGGGCCCAACUGGCUGGGUGGCUCUGUUCCUUUUCCUCUUAACCCAUCCUUUAAACCGCCGCCUCCCAUCACCGACAAGCUACGAACCGAAAUUUUCAAUAAGCAUUUGGAAAAGGGAAAGACCGAAGAAGAGCUUAGCAGCGAAUAUAAGCUCGGGAUCAAUCGUAUACGCGCAAUCUUGAGACUAAAAAAGCUGGAACAGCUUUGGGUCAUGAACAAGAUACGUCAUCAUCAAUUCCAAUCGAGAAUGGAGCGAUAUCUCGGUGCUCAAAUCGACCCCUACGACAAGAGCCGGCAAGCGGCUCGAGACUCGGCGAACAGGAUCGACAUCGACGUGCAUACGCAUUCUAUUGGUGAAUCAACACGAUUGCAACGCGUCUAUUUCGAGAUGGUACCUGAGGGCCAGAAUCCGCCCCUAGCACAACACCUUGAUCUUGCUCAGGCUGUGACUGAAGAGGCUGAGGCCGCAUUGGCUGGUAGCAAAAAGGCGCUCAGCUUGAGGCACCUAACUGUCGCCCCGGUCACAUUGCUGAAAGAAAAUGGAACACCGUAUGAUUCAGCGACCAAAUACAAGUGGUUUUAUCCUGCCAAAGCAGGUCGAACCCCCUACACCUUCAUCGACGCGGGCGAUCGCUAUCGCAGGGGUGGAACCAGGACGAAGAAGGCUAAAACCGACGAGGAGGGCAAGAAAGUUGCACCCGCGGUACCAGGGCAAAGUCGACGACUUCAGCUUGCAUUGGAGGCAGUGAAGCUGAAGGCCGAGCAACGCAUGAUUUCAGAAGAGAUUGCGACUCGAGAAGCGAUGCGCUUGAAGCGUCAGCAGAUAGCAAAGCAUGAACUUGCAAGCGCUCGGCAGAAGGUGCCAACGGUCGAGAUUCAGCUUUAA